UCUCCCUAUAGUUGUGCUCAUAGAAGAAGAGCUACAUGAGAUUUAUUUUGGAGCCGUGUAGUGCUGAAGGAACUCUCACGAAGGGAAGACAACAUGACUUUUGUACAGCGUCUUCGACGUCACGAAUAUGCGUGAAGAACUUGCCAAGAUAUGUAUCAGAUGGCAGCCUCAGAGAAUUCUUCUCUCAGAAAGGCGAAGUCACUGACGCCAAGCUCAUGCGUACCAAGGAUGGGAAGAGCAGACAGUUUGGAUUUGUGGGAUACAGGACUGAGCAAGAAGCAAAUGAAGCCAUUAGCUACUUUCAUGAUUCUUUCAUAGAUACUUGCAAAAUUCAUUGCGAGAUUGCUCGGAAGAUUGGAGAUCUAGAAAUACCUCGUCCGUGGAGUCGCUACUCAUCAAAGAAACAGGAGAGUUCAUCUGGAGUGGAAAAUAAAUUAAAUGGUCCUAAAGGUUCUAAAAUUGUAGCAGCAAAGAGAGAGAUUAAGAAGAGGAAGAAGGAUGAUGGGAAUGAUGAUCCUCAAUUUCAAGAGUUUCUACAGGUCAUGCAGCCGCGCAGCAAGUCAAAAUUGUGGGCAAAUGAUGCCCUUAUAGCUCCCUCUCUUGAGAAAGGUAAAGAUGCUAGUAGCAGGAAACUCCAAGUAAAAGGUAGUCAUUGGAAAUUAGAUGAACCGAGCGCUCAGUUUGAGGGAACUGUGGGAAAUGAAAAUAUAUUGUUGGAGAAUCAAAAGGCUGUUAAAGCAGACAGUUUAGUUCACAAUGAAGUUGUAUCUGAUAUGGAUUACUUCAAGAGCAGAAUAAAAAAAGAGUGGUCAGAUUCCGAAAGUAAUGGUGAUGCUGAUGACUCUGAUGUGGAUGAUGAUAGUGAUUGGAGUGGUAAUUCUCUGAACAAAAACAACCAUGGUCCUGAUGGGGAUACAUUCAAACAGGAAAUUUCAGAAGGUGAGACUGAAGAUGUCUCCUCUGAAAUAUCUAGUGAGAAAAUAUUCCACUCUGACAAUCCAUCAUCAAGUACAAAAUAUGAGAAAGAACAAAUCCGUGAGACCGGCCGCCUUUACAUCCGUAAUCUGCCAUACACUGCCAUCGAAGAGGAGCUGGAAGAACACUUCAGAAACUUUGGUGACAUCUCAGAGGUCCAUAUUGUUGUUGAUAAAGAUACAAAACGGUCCAAGGGCACAGCAUUUGUUCUUUAUGCUCUUCCAGAAUCUGCUGCUAGGUAUAGCAUCCUGAGGUGGAACCCAGAAUUGUACCUUAUGCACCAUGACUUCAGCAUAACAGUUCCUCUUAAAUGUGCAAUUUAAUGAACUGGUUGUUAU